GUAGCCGCCGCCGCCUCCGCGAUCGCAAACCCGGAAGAAGCCUCUGAUUGCUGGACUGUACCGGCCGGCUUGGCAUUGCCAUGCAGCUCGAGGAGGUAGGUCUGGUUCCCGCUCCAGCGAGGGAGCCGAGACUGACCCGCUGGCUGCGGAGAGGCAGUGGGAUCUUGGCGCACCUGAUAGCUUUGGGCUUCACCAUCUUUCUGACUGUGCUGUCCCGGCCAGGAACCAGUCUUUUCUCCUGGCACCCUGUGUUCAUGGCCUUGGCGUUCUGUCUCUGCAUGGCUGAAGCUAUCCUACUCCUCUCUCCUGAGCACUCCCCGUUCUUCUUCUGCUCUCGAAAGACCCGGAUUCGACUCCACUGGGCAGGGCAGACCAUGGCCAUCCUCUGCGCUAUCCUGGGUUUGGGCUUUAUCAUCUCCAGCAAGAUCCGCAGCGAGCUGUCCCAUAUGGUAUCCUGGCACAGCUGGAUAGGAGUUCUGACACUCGUGGCCACUGCGGGCCAGGCACUGUGUGGGCUCGGCCUCCUCUGUCCGCGGGCAGCCAGGGUCUCAAGGGUGGCUCGCCUCAAGCUCUACCAUCUGACAUGUGGCCUGGUCGUCUACCUGAUGGCUACAGUAACAGUGGUCUUGGGCAUGUACUCAGUGUGGUUCCAGGCCCAGAUUAAAGGUGCAGCCUGGUACCUGUGCCUGGCACUACCGGUGUACCCGGCCCUGGUGAUCAUGCACCAGAUCUCUAGCUCCUACUUACCAAGGAAGAAAGUGGAAAUGUGAGUGUCUCCAAACUCUGAGCCUAGGCGGGAUUCUUGGACUUCAGCAGUUCCUUGGUCUUCAUGGCACCCACCUCAGGAGCAGACGAUGUUUUGCACUGCAUGGUUGAGCCACAGGGUGCAGAAACCCUAGCUGCUACUGCUGAGGGAUGAUCUGGUGGGCUCCAAUGGGGAAAUGUACUACUGGGUGCAAGUGGAAGGUUCUGGAGAACCUGAAGCCUCACCUUGAUGGGAUACAAAAGUAUUAGGUGGUGGUGCUGAUGGUGACGGUGGUGACUAUUUGCUUGUGUGCCUGAUGAAGAGUUGAGUUCCUGUUGGUUAUAAAUGACAGCCACAGACAGAUAUUGGGGUCCCUUUUGAAAAAGCAGUACUGUGGAGAGCCCAUGGUCUCUUUGGCUGUGCUGUCCAGUCACCCUUAAACAAGCUCCACAUCUCAGGACCUCAGUUUCUGCAUCCUUUAACAUUCAAUGUCUGGCAGAUUGAUGUCACUGAAUACCCUCUUAGCUCUGGACCAUGUGAACAGCUCAGGAUGUAAUUCUUUUCUCCAUUCUGCCUUCACUCCCCUGGAAGGACAUCUCUAUACCUGUACCCUUCAGAAAUCUGUGCUAGCUCCACUCCUGAACCAAGGAGCAAGGGCCACAAAUCAUGGAAAGAAGGGACCAAGGUGAGGGUCCCCUAGACAGUAAGAUAGUAAAGGCAUUAAAGUCACUUUAAAGUUCUUUGGAGGAACAGAAGGGCAUUGGCCUUAACCAAGCCCUGGACUCUUGGCCUCCUUAGCUCAGCUAAGAACUUCCUUCAGGCUACCUCUGGGUCUAGAUUGUAGAGUCUGGGCAUUCUCUCGACAUCCAUUCUCAGGGCAGAGGAGUUCUAGGCAUCUGACACUUUGCCCGUAGGACCUAAGAGUAUUUACUUAGCACAUUGCUCCAGGGAACUAUUCUGAGGCUUUCGGAACAAAAUAAAAACCAGGAGUAGGACCCUGAUUCAAGGAACACAGUGUCUCCUGGUUGCCCUUCCCUUCUUGUCAUUUAAGUUUUCCUUAGUUGUUCCCUGCCAGCCCCUUGGCUUAAGAGUGGGAUGAUUUUGGUACCAACCGGGCUCUCUUCCCUGCCAAUAUACCUCCUUGGUUUAGCUGAGUUCCUCAGAGCAUCCUUAGCGGUGAGGGCUGGAUGUCAAACCACUUAGCUGUGGUGUGGGUCAGUCCAGGAGACAAACCCUUUAUAGAUCCUAAUAAGGAGUGGAGAUUGCUGAGCCAGGAAAUGUACGCGCCCAGCUUUCUCCCUGGGAGGCAGAGCCCAUGAGAAACUAUGGGAGGCCUGCAGUAUAGGGCCUUAAGCAGAGACAAAGGAGAAGUAUCUGUUCUAUGUCUCAGAUCCUCUGAAGAUUUAAGGCCUCUUCUCCAGGUAGCUCAGAAAUUAGGCAGGUGGGAUUCAAUAGUAUGGGGAUGGGGACCAUAGGGCUGAAGUGGCCUCUUAGUAGCCCUCACUGUGCUUUUCCUCAGGGAGAUAGCAUCUCUCAUAAGCUGUCUAAAUACAGCUUACUGAACAGAGGCUCCUGCAGCGCAGAGGGAAACCAUUCUUGUCUUUUUCAACGCCUGCUCUCCCUCUCAAGCUAUCCAGUGUGCUGUGAGCUUGGAAGGAAUGGUUAUUGGGCCACAUGAAAGAGGGUCUCACUAGGGUCACUUUGAUGUAGGGCUCUGUCUCCUUCCCAUAUCAGGGCCCAUGCUGAGGGCUUCCCAGAGUGGACCAGGUAAGGUUCAGCAGCUUGUUCUCAGAGAGAGGUGAUGCCGGAAAGCCUGAGCCUGCCUGAGGUGUUGCCUCCUCCCAGGUGGUGCGGGGGCUGGUGGGCGGGCGGGCAGGCGUGCUGACAGCCGGCAGUUUGCGUGGGCUGUGCCAUCUGAUGUCUAUUCCCAGCCCCGGGAGGAAGGGGAGUCAUUUAUAUUCUGCAGGAAGAAGGGACCCAGCUGUCGCUUCCUCUGACCAGUGGGCCUGGAGGGCAUCGGUGCAGAGCAGAGAGGAGGGCACAGGUAGUGGUGGCCUCCUACUUAGGGAUCUGACCGCAGUAUAGGGGGCAGGUCACCAGGAUGAGGCCUUCUUGCUCGUAGGUCCGAUUUUGGUGGGGGGUGGGGCGGGAAUUCCCUCCCUUCCUGUCUUUCCACUUCUCCAUCACCACCUGCCCUCACAUCCUGGGGCAGCAGCUGGACAACCAUUAGACCUCAGUGCCAGGGUACUCUUCCUCUCUUCCUCCAGCUGGGAUCUGUGGCUGUCAGCUGCAUAUGCCUCCUGGCUGUGUGCUCCCUCUUCUCACCGUCUGCCCCUUCCUCUUUGUAUCUUCGUGUCUGGAUACUACCUGGGCUUCUUGGCAGUGAGAGAGAGACCAUAGGGGGGGACAUGUGACUGUCCUUUUCCAGUGUUCCUUGACUAGGGGAAGCUGCUAGCAGUCGGCCUGUUUUGCUUUUGAAAGUGGGGUGGGGGAUGAUACUCAGGAUGCUCAAGAUUUAAAAGUCGCCCAUCAUUUGCACAAAUUUCCAUAUCGUGCUAAGUCCUGAUUCCAUAUUUGAUUGUGUUCCAAGCUUGAUUAUACUCAGAUUCAACCUUGAGGGCAUUAGAAAGAUAGUUUUAUAUUAAAUCCAAAUGGUAAUGGGCAUACUGUUCAGGUUUGGAGCCCUCUCAGAAGCCCCUUUGUUCCUGUAUCCUCCCUUGGAGUCCCAUUGGGGCUGGGGGUGGCAGUGAAUGAAUGACAGGAGUUCGGCAUCCGAGAACUCCUGCUUCCUUCUCUGGCUGGCAUCCCCAUGCAAGCCAGGCUGCUAUCACUUGCCAGCCUGUGCUUGCUCUCCCCCUCCCAAGGCAGGCCACCUUUCCUCUGUGACAUUGGCCUGCCCCGUCUCAUUGUCCCCACCCUUCCACCCCCAUGCAUGGCUGCCGUGGGUCUUGUUUUUCAAACCUCACUGUGGGAGAUCCAGGCAUCCCCCCUGAGCCAGCUGGCUGCUGUGCCAAGGCCUGUUCAGAGUUAAUAAUAAUCAUUAGUUGAAUGGUGCUGGGGCCUUUCAGCUCCAGAUCUCUAAGCACUUGCAGGCUGAGUCAGCCAGCCUUCACCUUCCCCCCCCCCCCCUUCCUGGGUUUUGGAGUGUAACAGCAUGGGAAGGCGCUGUGGGAGAGGGAAUUGGGAUUCUUACUGCCUGACCGUGCCUGAGGAUUUUCUCUGAGAGUAAGCAGUGAGCCAGGGCACACAGAGAAGGCAGUAUGCUCAUCUGAGACCACCAUGGCUGUGGAAGCUGAUGACCCCAGACCUCUAGAACUUUGGUGUACUUACCUUGGCCUCUGUGGGACACUCCACCUGAAUGCCCUUAAGGAAGUUCAGAGCACAAGAAAGUCUCUGGGUUAGUACCCACCCCCAAGACUCUUGUCUGUGACUGGCACAGAGAACCUGUGUGUUGUGAACGGAAAGGUGUAUACUGGCAAGGCUGCUGUGUGAGUGUCUCAGCUCCUAACAUUGGGUGGCACGGGCAGACUGUUUGCUUCUCAUCCUACCUCACAGGGAUGUUGUGAGGGCUAGACAAGGGAAUAAGGUUCAAAGCAUUAAA